AUGGGAAGCUCUCGUGGAAGGGGUAGACCGCCGAAGAAGGUGACUCAAUCGACGGGAACGAAACAUGGAGAUGGCUCAACUACGCCGGUAACAACCUCGCCGGUGACUGCAGCAAUACCAGAAGAACAUGGGACGGUGAUUACUGAAUCGAAUCUUGAUAAGCAAGUGACGGAUAGUGACGGAAAAGGGAAAAGCAAAGAUGAACCUAGGGUGGAAGAACAGAUGAAGACGAAACCUAUUGGGGAUCAGAACAAGCUUUGGGUUGAUGUUAUCAGUGGCAAUAGGCAAACAACAAAUGGAAAGCAACUUCAAUUUGUUGCUCCAAAGAUAAAGGAGGGAAUUUUUGAAGUUGAAAUUGAAGAAAAAGAUGUGGAAGCGGAAAUUAGGUUUUGGGAGAACUCGUUGAUCAUGUAUGUGAUUGGUACCAAUUUGAGCAUGAAUGCGAUGAAGAAUUACAUGAGUCGUAUGUGGAACUUUGUUGCGCUGCCUGACAUGUUCUACAAUGAUGAAGGCUAUUUCAUACUCAAAUUCAAGAAUGGUGAUGAUAGAGAUAAAGUUCUGAUGAAAGGUCCAUACACAUUUCAGAACAAACCAGUGAUUCUUUUGGAAUGGAGGCAUGAUUUUACCAUGGCAAAGGAUAUGCUCAGAUCGAUCCCAAUUUGGAUUAAACUACCAGGUCUUCCUCUACCUAUGUGGGGUGCUCAAAGUUUAGGGAAGAUUGGAAGUGUUGUGGGAAUACCUGAUCGGCCACCAAUUUCAUCUUGUUUCUAUGUUCUAAUCAAUGGAAAAACAUUUCAUCCGGUGUGUUUAAGUAUUACAGGAACAGGGCAUAUUUCAAGUCAAGGAAAGGUGAUUUUUGGCAAGCCAGAGUGCCCAGCAGAGAAACUUCGUGUGAGUUAUGCUAGGCUUCUGGUGGAGGUGGAUGUCACGCAGAAAUUGUGUGAAGAAAUUCCCAUCAGAGACCAUGAAGGGAGAGUAAGAAAACAGAAGGUUGAAUAUGAAUGGAGGCCUCAGUAUUGUGAAAGAUGCCAAAAAAUAGGCCAUGUAUGCUCCACUGAUAAGAAACCUCCUAUCAAAGUAUGGCAAGCUAAGACAACAAAGGUAGAUGAGGUGAAUGAAGUUAGUGACUCUGUGAUUGGUGAUAAGGGAUUAGAGAAGGAAGAUAGCACUCAGGAGGAGAAAGAGAUAAUGGAUAAAGGUACAUGGACAGAGAUUAGGCGGAGGAAAGAAGAUGGGAAGAAAGUCACAUGUGAUAACUCAGUUGAAACUAGAGUAAAACAAGAUAAAGCUGAGAAUAUUAGGAAGAAGAUAGGAGGCCAAUGGAAUUACCUUGAUAACUAUAAUAAGCAUGCUAAUGGUAGGGUGUGGAUUAUGUGGGAUAAUAAUAAGCUUACUGCCAUUUAUGCUGAUAAUAAACUGGAAAGAAGAAGGAAUUUGUGGAAGGAUAUAGAGAAGAUCAACAGCACUCAGCAAGGUCCUUGGUGCCUCAUGGGUGACUAUAAUAAUGUUCUUCAUACUGAUGAUAGAAUUGGAGGGAAAGAGGUCCAUGAAGGUGAGUUUUGUGACUUGGCUAAUAUGAUGACUAAAUGUGGUUUAGUUGAUCUGGAUAAGAUAGGAGAUAAGUACACCUGGAGUAACAAGCAUGUAAGUGGAACCAUUUACUCUUGCAUUGAUAGGGCCUUAGCUAAUAAGGAGUGGUUUCAUCAAAGGAUGCAGUGGGAAUUGCAUGUGCUGGAGCCCAAUAUUUCUGACCAUGCUAUGUUGUGUCUCAGGAACAGGCAGCAGGAUAGCAAGCCUAAGAGGCUUUUUAAGUUUCUUAACAAGGUGACUGAUGUGCCUGAGUACAGAGAGCAUGUGGAGAGGAACUGGAAUAGGAGAGGGAGGAAUGAUUCUCAUGUCAAGUUGUGGGAUAAAUUGUUAAGGCUGCAGCCUAUAAUAAAGAAGUUAAGCAAGCCUUUCAGAGGCAUCAACAUGCAGAUUGAGAGAGCCAGGAGAGAGCUGGAAGAUGUGCAGAAGAGCAUUGUGCAAGAUAGAGGGAAUAAGGAUCUGACUAAGGAGGAGAAGGAUAAAACUGAUAAACUGAUGGAGCUUCUUGCCAUAGAAGAAUAA